AUGUCUCUUGAUAUUCCAAAUAUCAUUAUUUCUGACUGUGAUCUAAAACGGUUUGAUAAAAUUGUUUCCUUAAAUUCCCGAUUUCUUCGAAUGAAUCUCAUCGAGGGACAACUUGAGAUCAUCAUGCCACCAUUGCCAGUUCACAUUGAAACCGGCAU